AAAAAAUUCAUCAUUUUUCAAGCUCUGAUAUUAAUUUUCCCAUCACAUUUUUUGCUCUUUGAAUAAUAUGCAUGUGACCUUCAUAAUAUCAUAGAAAGAAGAGGAGGCUAUUGAAGAGAAGCUUGGCAGAUGGACUGUUGGCGGCCUGCGUGAACUCAUUGACCUCUUUAACCUCGAAACCGGUGGUGAUAAGGAUGCUAUAAUUGAGCGAUUGAUGGUCUUCCUGAAGAAACCUGAGGAUUCUGGGCUCAUUCCCCGCGCACAAAAGCUUGCGAUUGAGGCUAAAGAGAAGAAAGCCAAGAAACAGGAGAUCAAGAAGGCCAAGCUUGCUGCCAAGGCAGAAAAAGCUGCUGCAUUGAAGAGGAAAAAAAUGGAAGCCAAAAAACUACUGGCCCAAAAGAAAGCUGAUGCCAAAAAGAGCAAGACCGAAAAGGGUAGCGUCUCCAAAUCUACUAAAGACAAGGCACAAAAAGAAAGCAGCACUAGCAAAGCUGUCAAGGCUCUGAAGGUUCGAUCUGCAUUCGAUAUCUAUGUUAAGGAGCACCAGAAGGCUAUCAAGGAGGCUGCACCAGAUGCCUCGCGUGCCGAUAUCUACAAAAAACUCGUAGACAAGUGGGAGGCAGUACCAGCAGCAAACAGAGCCGAGUACCAAACUAAGGCGGACACAGAGAAUGAAAAGAACGAAAAGAAGAGGCAAGAGGCUGUGCAGCAAGCAAAGAAGGAGGCCAGGGAGGCCAAGAAGGCCGAAAAGGCAGAUUCGGACAAGGCCACUAAGACAACCGCAGCCCCCAAGAAGGAGAAAAGCGUUGCAAAAGCCGAGAAGGAAUCCAAAGAAAAGAAAGAAAAGAACGAGAAAGCUUCCAAGGUAUCGAAGACACCCAAGGCUGUAGGAAACACAGAAAGCAAGGACCCAUCAACAGAGAAGAAGACUAAAGCUCCUAAGGAAAAAAAGGUCGACGAUAAUGAUGGCAAGAAGGCAACAAAGGAAAAGAAGGACAAGGCUACCGCUUCAACGCCAAAGCCAGCAGUCAAGUCUGACAAGACAGAGAAAGCUUCGGAGAAGGCUUCGAAGGAGAAGGAAAAGAAGGGAACAAAAGAAGGCGAGGCAAAGCCAAAGGCUACUAAGAAAGCAGCACCCAAAGCAAGCGUUGUUGCAGAGAAGGAAAUUGAUGAGUUGGCCGAUGAUACUGACGAGCCAAAGACCGAUGCUGCUACAACAGCUACUCCUGCUCCUUCAAAAGAGAAGAAAGCUUCUGCUCCUAAAAAGACCGACAACAAGACUGAUGGAUCGAAGCCCGCAAAGGAAACGAAGGCUACUAAAGAGGCUAAGGAAGACAAAGAAACUAAAGAAACCAAGGAGACUAAGGCCCCCAAGCAGAAGAAGGAUACUGCCGCAAAGCCGGCGGCUACUGCUGCGGCAAGCAGCAAGGUUAGUUGCGCUUACGUAAAAAGAAUCUAUAUGCAUUCAGUUAUUUAACUUGUCCAUUUUAUGUCUAUAACACAUGUAUCAUUUGAUUACUCGGCGAUGCUAAAUAGAAGAGAAAAGCUGACUCUACAGAAAAUGAAACCGUCACAACAACUCCUAAGAAGAAAAAAGCGAAGGCACCAGCAACGACAACAGCCGCCAAGUAAUCAAGUAAAAAGAAGGAAUCAGGACAAACAACAUGUGGAGGGCAGACGAUAUUAUUUACAUCUGUUCAUCCUAUCCACAAUUUCAAUUAUCUCAAUAAUAAAAUAUAACAUGAUUC